AUGUUUAAUCUUGCCACCAGAGUCCAAAACGCGGCCAACCUGGCCCUCUCGUCGGCCGUGGUGUUGUCAGGCAUAAUCGUACUCAUUACACUUGGCCAAUUGUAUGCCAACAGCGUGUGGUCCAUCAACACCACUUCCAUAACCAACAUCCAGUCCCUGGCCAACAUAAAGCAUUCAUUCAACUACGGGUCGGUCAACAGAAAGCCCAAGGAAAACUCCAAGAUCCAGUUCAGCUUGGAUGCUGACUUGAGCCCCUUAUUCAAUUGGAACACCAAGCAGGUGUUUGUGUACUUAACUGCUGAAUACCCAGGCAAGAGCGAGGGCUCUUCCAACAGAGUCACCUACUGGGACAAGAUCAUCACCAGCAAGGACAACGCAGUGAUAUCGUUGAAGAACCAGAGAUCCAAGUAUUCGGUGUGGGACGUGGAGAAGUCGUUCAGAGAGAGGGACGCCAUCGUUAGGCUCGAGUGGAACAUCCAACCAUACAUUGGCCCCUUGUUAUUUGGCGAAACUGGGGUUGGCGAAUUCAAGUUUGCCCCAAUCAAAAAGAAGGACUAG